CCGGGUUUCUUGCCGGGCCCUGCCAUGCGCGGCUGUGCUGCUUUGCGCCUGCGCGUUUGGAAGGGAGCCUAGGCCCGAGGAGCCUGUGAGUUGGAAGGGUGCUCGUGUGUUUUUUAAAACCAGAAUCCUGAUGGCGCUUUGGAAAAAGUACCCAGAGCUUUUUCUAGCCCAAAUAAACAGAGCAACAAAUCAGCGAAAUUUCAGCAUCAGCGGCGUGUGCAGUGCAAUACAGAAGAUGACCCGUGUGCGAGUUGUAGAUAACAGCGCCUUGGGAAACACUCCGUACCACCGGCCUCCGAAAUGCAUCCAUGUCUACAACAAGAACGGAGUGGGCAAAGUCGGCGACAAGAUCCUUCUGGCUAUCAAAGGGGAGAAGAAAAAGGCUUUAAUCGUUGGCCACAAGAUGCCGGGCCCUCGCAUGACUCCCAGGUUUGAUUCUAACAACGUGGUGCUCAUUGAAGACAACGGGAACCCAGUAGGGACGAGAAUCAAAACCCCAAUUCCCUCUCUGCUGAGGAAGCGGCAAGAAUUCUCGAAAGUGUUGGCCAUUGCCCAGAACUUCGUGUGACAAAUAAGGGAACAUCCAGUUAAGUAGUACUGUCCCCCCCGCUUUAAACCCUUCUGAACCUAAAUAAAACAGUAAUAAGGGGAAGUUUCACAUCGGCAUAUGGGUUGAAAACACGUCAAGAUUUCUUUUUGAAAGCCAUAUUGUUGCCCUUUUCAGUGACAGUUGCGACAUGAUAUGAUUAAAGCUCAAGAUUGUUAAUCCA